CAACCCCUCCCAUUACAAUCAUCCAUAAAAAUGCAUCCUUUUUAGUUGAUCUCUCAAACCCACAUUCUGGGUUCUCAAAGCUCACAUUGAUAAUAUCUCCAUUGAAAACAAAAACAUAUUUUUUCUCCCCCAGGUCACCCACAUUGUCAUCUGGGUUGGCCUCCUCUGACAAGGUGACUGAUAUAUAAUACUCUGUAUUUGGUACUUAAAGUCGUCCCAGAAGCUUUUGCAGUGAAAUGGGAAUGUAUUAUUCCAACUCUUUGAAUGAUUUGGAUAGUAAGGUUGAAUCAUAUUUAGUGAGAACUAUAAGUUUUGGAAGUGAUGGUGUGAAGACCACCAUACAAUCCAUAAAUUUCAGCAGCGACAAUAUGGAGUCUCCCAUUUUAAAAUCUCUUGGCUCAGGAAAGAUGAUCCUUGAAGGGUCACUUAGCUUUAAAGGCGGGGAGUUGGAGACCAAGAUCUCCUUGGUGUCUCCUGUUUUCCAUAAGGAGACGACAAGACCAGAUGGAAUAACUUAUGAAAAGUUGCCUACACCAGAUAGUGUCAAGUCACCACCUCCCACCUGCAUCUCAAACCAAAGAGACCUGGCUGCUCUAAAGUUGCAGAAGACAUAUAAAAGUUUUCGGACACGGAGGCAACUAGCAGACUGUGCUGUCCUAGCAGAGCAAAGAUGGUGGAAGAUUUUAGAUUCAGUUGAACUCAAGUACAACUCUAUAUCAUUUUUUGACAUUGAGAAAACUGAAACAGCCAUUUCUCGCUGGUCAAGAGCUAGUGCAAAAGCUGCUAAGGUGGGAAAAGGGUUGUCCAAGGAUGAGAAGGCACGCAAACUAGCUCUGCAGCAUUGGCUUGAAGCAAUUGAUCCUCGCCAUCGCUAUGGUCACAAUCUUCAAUUUUAUUAUGCUAAGUGGCUCCAAUGUGAAAGCAGACAGCCUUUCUUCUAUUGGUUGGACAUUGGUGAAGGUAAGGAAGUUAAUCUUGAGAGGUGUCCUAAAUCCAGGCUUCAACAACAGUGCAUUAAGUAUCUUGGGCCGAUCGAAAGAGAGGCAUAUGAAGUGACUGUGGCCAAUGGGAAGUUAAGCUAUAAGAAGAGUGGGAAGGCGCUUGACACAUCGGAAGGCCCCGAAGAUGCCAAGUGGAUCUUUGUGCUUAGUGUGUCAAGAGUUUUGUACGUCGGAAUGAAGCACAAAGGAACCUUCCAGCAUUCGAGUUUCUUGGCUGGUGGCGCUACAUUAUCUGCUGGGAGAUUAGUUGUAGAAGAUGGCACUCUGAAGGCAGUCUGGCCGCACAGUGGGCAUUAUCUUCCCACAGAAGAAAAUUUUGAGGAAUUUUUGUCUUUCCUCAAAGAUCACAACGUCGACAUUUCUGUUGUACAGAAAGCACCAAGUGAUGAUGAUGAGGAGGCCAUGGUGAAGGUAAAGAGUUCAAGCCUUAAAAAACAAUCAAGUGAAGAUGUUCCAGACGCACCAAAGCCAAAAUGUCCCCCAAGACGAAUGAGACCAAACAUCGCGAAACUUGAGAUCCCAAAGAAGGAUGACAUCAUCGAGUUGCUGAAAGAAGAGCAGCAGCAAGAGCGCGAACCAGCUGCUGCAGAAACACCAACAGAUGGUUACGUGACAGCAGAGGAAGAUGAUGAUGAUGAUGAAGAGGAGGAGGAGGUUUCGGACAUAGACAUUUCGGUUGCCAAACGCAACCUAUUCGCGAGCGAAAACGAAGAGGACUAUGACGAAACUGUCCCUAAAGAGAAGAUCAUCAAAAGGAUAAACUCUCACAAGAGAAUGAAGUCAUACCAGUUGGCUCAUCAACUGACUACCAGAUGGACAACCGGGGCAGGACCGCGGAUCGGGUGCAUGAGGGACUACCCCUUAGAGCUCCAGUUCCGUGUCCUAGAGGAGGCCCAGUUGUCCCCUAGAAGUGCCCAUUCGUCUACCCGAAAAUCUGACCGUUCGACAGCUGCAAGCUCAUAUAGAAGACCGGUGACCGGGAGAAGUCCACUUGCUGCAAAGCCAAACACUCCCUUAGUGUGAAAGGGUUAAAAAGUCAUACUGAUCACUAGUGCC